AUGUUGCGCAAAUUAUAUGAUGAAGAACAAAUAGAGGAAGAUAAAUUUGAAGAAGAGGAGGAAGAAGAUUCCGGUCCCAUCUACGACACCGAUGGAGAAGGGGAAUUUUGUGAAAGAAUAAAUUUCUUGGUUGAAGAGGAAUUUAUUGAAGUAAUUGAAGAAGAAACUAAUUUCGUGAUCGGAGAUGAAUUUGUUGAAGCAAUUGUGGAAGAAAUCAAUUUUGUUGAUAUGGACAAAAUUGUUGAAGAAAUUGUUCUCAUAUCUUUUAUGAACAUAAUUUCUUUUCUAAAGAUCUUAAAGAAAUCCAAAUUGGAAGCUUCAUUGAUCAAGAAGGUUUAUUCGUUUUUCAUCUUCAUUUUCGUUUCAAAGUGUGGGAGAUUUUUACACUUUGGAGGCCAUGGAAUGCUUAUAUUUUGCAUUUUGAAAGCCUUGGUGAGAGGUUCAAGUUCAUGGGAAUGUACGGAAGUGGUUUUUCAUCCACAAAUCGAAGAUACGGUUAGGAUUGAAUUUGGCGAGUUAUUUGAGUUAUUUGAAGAAGAACAUGUGUAUGUGGAGAAAAGACCAAGUUGGAGUAACGAAAAGUUGUUCAGAAGUUAUUGUCCAAAAAUGUUGCGCAAAUUAUAUGAUGAAGAACAAAUAGAGGAAGAUAAAUUUGAAGAAGAGGAGGAAGAAGAUUCCGGUCCCAUCUACGACACCGAUGGAGAAGGGGAAUUUUGUGAAAGAAUAAAUUUCUUGGUUGAAGAGGAAUUUAUUGAAGUAAUUGAAGAAGAAACUAAUUUCGUGAUCGGAGAUGAAUUUGUUGAAGCAAUUGUGGAAGAAAUCAAUUUUGUUGAUAUGGACAAAAUUGUUGAAGAAAUUGUGAUUUUUGUUGAAUAA